AUGAUGAAUGUUUACAUCAAGUCAGUAAUAUAUUUAACAGUUUUCGGUGGAGUCGGUUACGUUCUAUCGGAAGUGACCAAACCAAGUAAGGAGAAGAUUGAUAAAAUCAGACAAAGUCAGAGCUACGCGGAAAGCGACGAUAAAAGCCGAAAGGCACUUUUUAUGAAGAAGUUGAAGGAAGCUGGCGAGAGCAGCGAGCCAAUCUAUUUGAAGAAAAGGAAAGAGGAUUAA